AUUGCCUCAACACCGAGGGGGUACGACACUUAGCUCCCAGCUCUACGUGCAACACAAGCAGCUAUGUCCUCAACGCGGCCCAUUCCUAUCGGGAGCAGCGGAAGCCAGCGCGGCUCUCCUGUGACUCGUAGCCCCAACGGCGCCGCGAUGGUGUCGCACUCGCUUCCCGCCGACAUGCACCACGUCCACUUAUCUCGCUUUAUGACGAACACAAGCGGCACAAGAUCCGGCGAGCUUCAGCCGCCCAGAGCGCCGCGAGUAGGCUCCAUGCCCGAGCCAAACUUCCUUCAGCUGGAUAAUAUGCCAGAUCUGGCGUUGGGACCGCCUGCCGAGACCAUAGAGGAAGACUCGCCGCCCGCUCGGGUGCCAGCCGUCAUUCAGUUUGCUAGUUCGUGUCCAGGAGAUAUUGGAUUUUUAAGGAGAAAUCCCGCAAGAGGCUCCUGGACACCCACACUGGAUCCGUAUCUGGCUGAACAUGACGACUUUGAUCUAUCCAAGAGUCCAGCGCUCGCUGCAAUGUCUUUUAACGCGCGUGGCGCGGCAGAAACACAACCGUCAAGGCAAUACUACGCGUCCGACGAGUCGUCAAGCAAUGCGGUGAGUGCUGAACUGUUGGAAAGACUCAGCAUUACGUCAGAGGAAGGAGAGGAGCCAGCGAACCGGGACGAACGCUAUCGGAUGCCGGGAUACGACAUGCAAAUGCCAGUAGAUCAGAGACGACGGUCGGAGCGUCGUGGAUCGUAUGGCAAUGUGUCGGAUACAGGUGACACGGGUAUCUUUGAAUUCGACGACCAAUAG